UUUGUCCUUUGGUGAGAGAACAUGGCGGUAGACAUCCAGUUUCUACUCUGCGUCGGACUCUCUGUGCUACUCACAGGCAUGGGAAGCUCUGUGUUAGUUGGAAAGAGUCACAGCAGAGGAAAGGCUGACCCGGUGCUGCAGUAUGUUGUCAACAACUCGCUGAGGGAGCAUCCCGUCCUGACUAAACUCAGAAUGAGAACUCUCGAUGACCCGUGGAACAUCAUGAUGGUUUCCAGCGAACAAGCCCAGUUUAUGGCCAAUCUCAUGAAACUGAUCAACGCAACCAAGGCUAUUGAAAUUGGGAUGUACACGGGGUACAACGCACUCAGUAUGGCUUUGGCCAUGCCAGAGAAUGGACACGUGGUAGCGUGUGAAAUAAAUGAGGUCUAUGUAGAUAUCGCCAAGCCCUUUUUUAAAGAGGCCGAAGUUAAGAUUGACGUACGACUACAGAUGGCAAUUACAACACUUGAUGAACUGAUAGCAGCUGGUGAAACAGGGACCUUUGACUUUGUGUUCAUCGACGCCGACAAAUCCAACUAUGACGGAUACUACGAAAAAUCCCUGGAACUCAUUCGAAAAGGGGGCAUCAUUGCCAUCGACAAUGUGCUGUGGAGCGGAAGGGUUGUGGAUCCUGCCCCUGAUGACGUCACCUCCAGGACUCUGGAUGCUCUCAACAAGAAGCUCCACAAGGACCAGAGGAUCGAUCUGAGCAUGCUCACUGUGGGGGACGGGCUGACUAUUGCCAUUAAACGCUAA